CCAUUGAGAAAUCAUCAAGCAAAAUCAAGUCAAUAUUAACAGAAAAUAUGUAGAAAUCAUUUAAGACUUCUAAUAAAAUGAGGGUACAAACACGUACAUUUUACGUGUGAUCAAUAUGUAUCUCAUGAAUGUUUAUUAUUGUCAAAAUGGCCUGAAUGAAAAGGCGAGCUGUGAAAACAGGCUGUUCAUAUGCAGUUUGUUCAUCUCAACAUCCCCAACAUAUUAAUUAUGCUCUUCAAAAUGAUAACCACUUUGAUAUUUUUUGGAACAAAAAAUAUUUGUCAGUUAUCACCCUAACUCAUUUCGGGGAAUGGGGCAUUACUAUUAAUUUUUUCACCGGUAAUAAUAAUAAUAAUAAUAAUAAUAAUAAUAAUUAUUAUUAUUAUUAUUAUUAUUAUUAUUAUUAUAGUGCGGGUUGCAAUGUUACAAGAAACUUUGGGCACGAUUUGUAAUUGCUAAUUUUCCUUUAUUAAUCAUCUCAUUUCAUCCGCUAUGAGAAGGACCGAAAGAGAAUGACGUCUCUAAAAGAUGAGACUUUUUGAAUUUUGAAGUUUAUUUUUCAGAAACGUCCCUUGCUUCCUCAGUCACUGCUACAUAAGAAUCUCCUUCGAUCUCAUCAAUUGUCAUGACUCAAAGACGACCUUUAACCCUCCAGAAUCCCCUUUUUGUUAAAUCACAAAAUAAAGAAUCCCGUUUUGGCUGGCUCAUGCAACAAGAACAAAACAGAUAAAAGACAUUAAGUCACGUGUUUGUUCUUCUUAAACUUUCAACUAGUCCCGGAAAAUAAUUAAAAGACAAAGUACUAAACUUGUUGAUAAACAUGACCGAUCGCCUGCAUGAAAAUGCGAUUACGCCGCAUCGGAUGCCGGAGUUGCAGCAGUAAUAGUAUUUCUGUGCAACAUCAGGACAAAUUAAGGAACAUUUGCUAAUGUUGAUUCCAUAGUGGUUAGAAAAUUAUUUUUUUAAUUGACUACGUGUCGCUCUUUUUAAUCGACUAUGCAACAUGGGACAAAUUAUUUUUUUUUUAAUUGACUACGUGUCGCAUCGAAUUCCUAAAAACGUAAAAAUCGGUAGUUUUUAAAUUUUAAAGCGUGAUUUUGACUUUACAUUGGUCUCACAUAUGGAUCAAUAGCGAGCUCUAUGUACAAAUGAGCUAGUACAUAGAUUAACAAAAUGAACCUCUUCCACCAAUUCGAUCUAUUGACCGAUCAACCGAUUCUUAACACGGGAAACCAUAUAUCAGACUCAUAGUUGGAUUACCCUUGAAUAGUUAAUUGACUUAAAACACCAAAGUACUCUCACAUUCCCUCCCCUGGCCGGUUAAACGGAAGGAAUCAACCGAAAGGCAGAAUGCCAAUAAUGGACCACAUCCCGACAGAAUUUGCAGGCAAGCUCGAAUUCAGUAUCCCAUCUUGAUCCUCUCGAUCAUAAUAUCCCUCUUGGCUGUUUUCCCCCAGAGAGUUUGAUAUAUGCUGAUCGCCUCAUGCAUCCCGAAUUUUGUUCAAUAAUUUGUCCCAUUCUCCCUUCCCCUUCUCACAUCCAAUUGGUUCAUUGCAAAGUUAUGACUUGUACGCAUGUUUCCAUGCUUUAAAAGAUACGACAAAAUUAAUGAAACAGUACUUGUGCAUCAUCCUCUAUAUAAAAAAGCCCUUGGGGACCCGUAUCUAUCUACUCGCCGGAAGCAUCUCCUUGUAUCGUUCGCCGCCGGCCGGUCACUAGCUCAAGUUCACGAAUUGGGGAAAAAAUGAGCCACUUCACGUUCAUGGGUUUCUUAGCCCAACACCUCCACUGCUCAUUUUUGCUACUACCCGCCAUUUUCUUCUGCUCCGCUUACUUUCUCCUAAACCGAUACUACUCCACUUCCCCGGCCCCGCCCAAGAAACAUCUCCCCCCGUCGCCGCCGGGCCUGCCGGUGAUCGGCAACCUCCACCAGAUAGGCCGCCACCCGCACCGAACCUUCGCCGCUUUAGCCCGGCGCUACGCCGCCCCCGUGAUGCUCCUCCGGCUGGGGAGCCGGCCGGCGCUGCUCGUCUCCACGGGGGCGGCGGCCCGGGAGCUGUUCAAGAACCACGACCUCCUCGUCUCCACCAGGGUCCGGAUCAAGACCAUCGAGAAGCUCUUCUACGACGCCAAGACCGUCGCCUCCGCCCCACCGGGGGACUACUGGCGCCACGCGCGUGCCACGUGCGUCCUCCACCUGCUCAGCAACAAGCGGGUGCAGUCCUUCGCGUCCGUCCGGGCCCAGGAGACGAACCUGGUGGUGGAGAGGCUCGUCGCCGCGUCGCGGCGUGGGGCCCGCGUGGACCUGAGCGACGUGGCGACGUGCCUCUCCAACGACGUCAUAUGUCGGGUGGCGUUCGGCGGCAAGCUGACGACGACGACGUCGUCGAAUCGGUUCAAGGAGUUGUUGGACGAGCUGAUGAGCUUGCUCGGCGGAUACUUCGUCGGGGAUUUCAUUCCGUCGUUGUUCUGGGUGAACUGGGUCUCAGGUGUGAACGGGAGGGUGGACAAGACGUUUAAGGAGUUCGAUGAUAUACUGGAGAGCGUGCUUAUCGAGCAUGAGAAAGAUGGAGUCGUGAAAACUAGCACAAUGGACGACGAAGAGGGGAAAAGUUUUGUGGAUGUUUUGCUCGAGGAGCAAAAGGAUGGAAAGACAGGCCAUUUUCUUGGUCGAGAUAACAUCAAAGCUCUUCUCCUGGACAUGUUUGUCGGCGGAACCGAUACAACCGCAACGCUAGUGGAAUGGGUCAUGGCAGAACUCCUACGACAUCCAAACAUCAUGAACAAGUUACAACACGAGGUGAGAACGGUUGCCAAAGGGAACGUCGGCGACGGGAUGAUCUCUGAAUCUGAUUUGGAUAACAUGACAUACUUGAAACAAGUCAUCCUGGAAACGCUUCGUUUGCACCCUCCGGUCCCGCUGCUUGCACCUAGAGAGCUGACGGAAGAUUGCACGAUCAUGGGCUACGACCUGGCGGCUGGUACGUUCAUUUUCACCAAUGCUUGGGCCAUCGGAAGAGACCCUAAUCGUUGGGCCGACCCAGAUGAGUUCCAGCCGGAGAGGUUUGCGAAUCGCAGCUUGGAUGAUAGCAUCCAUGCUUUCGACGUCGUCCCGUUUGGCGCGGGGAGAAGGGGUUGUGCUGGCAGGUCGUUUGCGCUUGCAACUGCUGAGCUUCUGAUAGCGAAUCUGGUGGGGAGAUUUGAUUGGGCACUGCCUGAUGGUGGUAAGGCUGAGGAUUUGGACAUGAGUGAGUGUACACUUCCUACUAUACAUUUGCGGUAUCCCCUACUUGCCAUGGCGACUCCGGUUUAGUCAUUUGGUUUUGGGGUUUAAUUUCAUAUAUGUUGUUUCAGUUUCUUCAUUCCUUACUGUCAAAUCUUACCCUACUGGGGCAGGGUAUUUUCUAGUUGAGAUCUACUCAACACCCUCUUCAUUAUCAAUAUGAGUCUUUAAAAUAUCGGUUAUUGUAUAAUCAAACGAUUGUUAGCAU